AUGCGAUCACGACCUCACUCCCCCCAUGCACAGCCCAAGACCCAGGUUACUGUUAACCACCAGCUGCGCAGCUAUCUCGUCACUGAGCGGGAGGCUGCGGCAGCUGACGGCCUGGGUCAUGUUGUGGAGCUGUGCAAUGCGGGUCUCGAGCUAGCCAACGUGCAGCUGGGCCCCUAUAUCGAUGACUGGAUUAAAAAGCACUUUCCAGAACAGCGGGGUGGUAAGAAGGGGGAGAAGAAGGGGAACAAACCCCCUCAGAGAAACUACGCCCAAAUAACAACAGGGCGGGGUCCUAGGGCAGAAGGUUUCAAAAAAGCCCAGGACCUCUUCAACAAAAACCGUAGCUCUCUAGCGGAGAAAAUUAUUUCUGGAACUCCGCUAGACGAGAAGGAAGUUACUCCCCCUAUUGACGAGGUCGAACGGUUGUAUCGCGGCAUCUUGGAGUCGUCUGCGCGAGAGGUGACAGACGUUCAUAACAAACCGCUGACGGAGGACACGAAAACGUUCCUGCCCUUCAGGCAGGACGAGAUUGAAAAUGCCAAAACGUCUUGGGGCAACUCGGCGCCUGGCGCCGACGGAAUUACAGUGUCCUCCGUGAAACGGGCCAACAACAGGGUGCUGUCCGUACUAUUCUCUAUUAUUUUGAUACGGAAUGUGCACCCUGUUUGCUUCCGCCGUUCGCGCACUACUAUUAUUUAUAAAAUGGUCAACGGUGUGACCCGGCCAACUGGCGCCCACUCACUAUCGGGAGUGCCCUUCAGAGGCUGA